AUGCGUCGAGUACUCUUCUUUUCUGCGGGGGCACUAUUCUCUUUGUCUUGUUUUGCUUUUGCUGAUGGUUUUAUCACUGCGAAGCGGAUUGGAGUUCCGUACAACUUUUUGAUGUGGCUACCCGCAAUUAUGAUCAUUAGUGGCAUGCUCCUUCUCAGGAUCACGGACGCAAAGGCAGUUAUUGACGCGGACGCUUCCUUUGAGGAAAUCGGGGUGCCCCGCGAAAAAGUGCUUUUUUUCCUUGGCGCACUGUUGACAUUUGGUGGUUUCGCUGUUUCUCUUUGGAAGGCGAUCGACCCAUAUUCCAACGCGAGCGUAGCAUGGCCCGGCGUUUUUCUGGUAGCCCAGAGUGUCCUUUUAGCCCUUUGCUCUGGAUUCCUCUUUUUUGUCCGGUUACAAACAGAGGAGGAAUGGGUUUGA